AUGCCUCGCUUUUUCUGCCUGAGCUGCUUCACUUGCAGCCUCGUGGCUUGGCUGCUCCUGGCGACAAGUAUCAGCGGCAGCCCGGCAGCGGAGGCGCCCGAGGAGGAGGAGGAGGCGGCGGCGGAGGAGGAGAAAGCGCUGCGGGUGCUGGUGCUGCUGCCCAAGGACAAUUCCUACCUGUUCUCGCUGGGCCGGGUGAGGCCGGCCAUCGAGUACGCGGUGCGGAGCGUGGAGGCCAACGGGACGCUGCUGCCGGCCGGCUACAAGCUGCGUCUCUCCUACGAGGACUCGGACUGCGGCAACUGGGCCCUCUUCAGCCUGGUCGACAUGAUCGCCCUCAAGCGCCAGUGGCCCGACCUGCUGCUGGGGCCCGUCUGCGAGUACGCGGCGGCUCCCGUGGCCCGCCUGGCCUCCCACUGGAACCUGCCCAUGAUCUCGGCCGGCACGCUGGCCUCGGCCUUCAACGCCAAGACGGGCGAGUACUCGCACCUGACCCGCGUCUCGCCGGGCUACUCCAAGCUGGGCGAGAUGUUCCUGGCCCUCUUCCGCCGCCGCCAGUGGACGCGGGUCAUGCUCGUCUACCAGGAGGACAAGGAGCAGCGCAACUGCUUCUUCGCCGUCGAGGGCGUCCACGCCGUCUUCCGCGAAGCCGCGCUCCACAUCGAGGACUUCGCCUUCGACGAGGGCGCCAAGUACGUCGACGACGUGGUGCGCGCCAUCCAGGGCGGGGAGAGAGUGGUGAUCAUGUGUGCCAGCAGCGAUGCAAUAAGGAACAUCAUGUUGGCUGCCCACCGGCAAGGAAUGACCAACGGAGACUAUGCUUUCUUCAACAUUGAACUCUUCAACAGUUCGUCAUAUGGAAAUGGCUCGUGGAAGAGAGGAGACAAAUACGACCUUGAGGCAAAGCAAGCCUACUCAUCCCUCCAGACAGUCACACUACUGAGGACAGUGAAACCUGAGUUUGAGAAGUUUGCCAUGGAGGUGAAAAGUUCUGCUCAGAAACAAGGAAUCAAUGAUGAUGAUUACGUGAAUAUGUUUGUGGAAGGAUUCCAUGAUGCUAUUAUACUCUACAUUCUGGCUUUACAAGAAGUUCUGAAGAAUGGCUUCACUAAGAAAGAUGGAGAAAAGAUCGUUCAUCAGACAUGGAACAGAACAUAUGAAGGCAUUGCAGGGCCAGUAUCCAUAGACGCCAAUGGAGACAGAUAUGGUGAUUUCUCUGUGAUUGCAAUGACUGAUCCAGAAACUGGGACACAGCAGGUCAUUGGGAACUAUUAUGGAAAGCAGGGCCGGCUUGAAAUGCUUCCAAAUGUAAAUUACUUCUGGGAACCAAAACUGAAAAUAGAUGAUAACAGAGGUACAGAGCACCCAAGCAAUACACCCUGUAAAUCAUGUGGCCUUGGAGAGUCAGCAGUUACAGGAAUUGUUGUGGGUGCCUUGCUAGGAGCAGGAUUAUUGAUGGCCUUCUACUUUUUCAGAAAAAAGUACAAAAUAACUAUUGAGAGGCGGAGUCAGUUGGAAGAAUACAAUAUUGGCAAGCACAGACAGUUACGAGAAGACUCUGUCAGAUCUCACUUUUCUGCAGCAUGAACUCGAGAGAAAGAAAUUGUGGGGAAAUCUAUGGAAAAAAUGGAUUCUACCAAAGAGGGCUACAGAAAAGCAGCUCAUUAAGGACUCAGUAUUUUAAAAGUAGAGUAAUUUUGUCUUAAUUUCUUUCAGAAACUCAGGAAUGAUUUUCUAGCCACAUUAUGCCACAUGGCCUUUUUCUCUUGCGGAAAGGGAUAAUUACAAAAACAAAACGCUGUU